AUGGAUUCACCACCGGAAAGAGGAAACACAGUCGAUUCAGAUUCACCUUGGAUUCACCACUCGAAUAGAAAGAGGAAACCCGGGAAAGAAAUAACAAAGAAAACCGAUUCUCCGACGAACUCAGCCCUUCAUCAGCUCACCAACCCGGGAAAGAAAGAACAAAGAAAACCCAUUCUCGGUCGAACUCAGCCCUUCAUCAGCUCACCACCGUCACCCUUCUCUUCAUCGGUAUCCGUUACUUUGCUGGGUAGAAUUUGUCAUGCUUUUAGUGAUAUAAUGGAUAAGGAUACCCUUUUGGCAUACCUAUGUGAGAAAAGCAGACCUCCAAGUGAUUCUGUCCCAGAUAUUAACCACAGGGAUGGGGAGCAACAGUUAUCUUUAAUUGAAGGCAAUACUCCAAACUGUGCUAGCAAUGAGGUGAUUGAUUCCGAAAUUGAAUCACAAAUCAUGAAAGAACAAAAGGAGCUAACACACUAUCAGGUAGAACAACAUCAAUCAGAGUAUAGUGAAGUUACAGUAUACGUAAACUACAUCCUUGCAAAGUUCCCUGAUAUGUGGCAGAUGAUAGAGACUGGUCUUACUAAUGAAGUGUUAAGGUCUUUGAGAUGUUUGAAGGAGGAAUUGGCAUCUCUGAAAUUUGACUCUUCGGAGUCUUGUGAUGCUUUGGCAUUUACUUUGCUGUAUCUCCGGAUAAUAAAACUACUUGUAGAAGUGUGGGAGCACUUGUUACCAGCAAAAGGUUCGUGCUCUCAUGGUCUGGGAGAAUUGGAACUCAAAUUGGGAAAGCUUGAUAGGAGGAUUAAAGAAUUGAUGAGUAAGUUUGUAGGCUUUUCCGCGGAAGAAGAAUUGAAUAUCUUGGAGCUUAUAUUAGUGACUUAUGCCCUCAGGCUAUGUAAAGUUGAAACCAUUUGUGUCAAUCUUACAUUCAAGAGGUUGACUUCUAUAUAUUCAUGCGUUGAAUCUAUCCUUAAAGAAAGACCAGUUUUGCCAUCCAAUUUUGUAGUUGAGCUUGGUAAGUUAUUACAUGAAUGUCAAACCGCCUCCAUCAAUGGAGCUUUCUGCAGUCCACUUCAGUUUGAUAAGUGUCUCAAGCUCUUCUCCCUGAAGAAGUUCGUGUUUCAUGGAACAAUCAGACAAUUAAAGGCAGAACUAAGCAUUUCCAAUAACGACUCUCUACAUCCGUUUCCCUUUGUUUCAGGAUUACCAGUUGGUGUACCAUGUGGAAUCACACUCCAUAAUAUUAUAAGCAAGUGUAAGUUGUGGUUGAAGAUGAGUUUGGAUGAUGGUUCAGUGCAGCAUUCUUUUCUUGAUUUGGACCAUUUAGAAGGUUCUGGAGAUGUAAGAAAUUUUGUUUUUACGGCCCGAUUUUAUAGAACACUAAAGGUUGAUUCUUUUACGUUGAAGGUUUGUAUUGGCUUAGAAUCUUUGUUUGAAAAUGUUUGUCCAGUCCAAAGGUAUGGAGGACCAAAAUAUGAACUAGUACCUCUUUGUAAAGAAAAACAAGUUUAUUUUUCUAAUGUCAGUAAAGAUUGA